AUGGCGUCCACCAAAACUCGUAGAGCUCCUCCUACCAACGUAGUGAUGUCAACACCCCCACCGCAAAGUAGGAGUAAGAGUAUGUAUAGUGAAGUCGAGAAGCAGGGCCUGUUGGCGAACUUCGAUAUAGAGGUGGCCGACAAGACACUCUACUUCCGGUCAAUACUCUCCCGUACCCUCGCCUCAUUCAGAAUGAGGGAAGAGUCCGAGAUCCUUUCUAUCCCGAGGGAACUGAGGGGUAUGACCUUAGCUGAAUUGGAGAAGAAAUGGGGCGGUGGAUGGGCAGGCACGUUGCAGAAGAUACGAAGGGAAAGUUUCGAGAAGAAAGAGAAAGUGAGGGAGGAGAAGGAGGAAAAAGAGAGGGAAGAGGUUGUUAAAGCGAAGAGGAAACGUAAUGGUACUGCAACCACAGAUAACUCACCCGAACGAGGAAAGAAGAAUCCUCGUCGAGAUGCUCCAACACCGUCUUCUACACGCAAAGCUCAACCACCUUCAUCUAAAACACGAAGUAAAGCUGCUACGUCAGCAGCAAAUAGGAAAGGCAAGAGUGUAGCCGCGCCUUCCACAUCUAAAGGACCAAGUUCCCUACCCCAAAAUCACAUAUUCAACCCUGCCUUACCACCCACACCUCUGUUCGCCUCUCGGUCCAAUCCCAAUAGACCUCUCACCUCGCCUCUAUCUAAAUCCUCUACGAGGAGUAAACCGACUUCAUCUUCACGUCCACAAUCAGAACAGGAAGAAGCUUCUACUUCAGAAGAGGAAGAGGAAGAAAAUGACGGUGACGAUGAUCUGCCUAAUCCGGAAGAGAUCGAAGCCAAGAUGUUAUCUUCCAAGACGCCUUCAUCGAAAUCGACUUCAUCGUCAAGUAGAUUGAAAAAGAAGAGAGAACCAUCAUUAAUAUUCCGUCAGUCACUCGCUGCAAACACCAAUAAUCAUACUCAUGAUGACAAGGAGGAAGUAGAAGUAGAUAAAAAUGGAGAACCAUUAUCUCAUAUAUCGCUUUCUGACGGUCGGACCAUAUCGUUCAACCCUUUUAAUCUUACUCCCGGGCGAGUUGAGAAAGAGUUGAACCAAGGUGAACAGAAAUUGUCAAAAGAUGAAAAGAAGAAGGUACAAGAACAGAUUAAUGAACAGGUUAUAAAGAGUCUAAGAGAGAGGAUGGAGAGGUGGAAGGUAUGA